CGAGGACAUCCACUGACCGUCUGACCAUUAGACAUUAGACCUACAACAGUUCAACCGGUGCAUCUCUCCUUGGACGUUAUGGACUACAGCGAUGGGGGAGUGGUCGCGUCGUUCCCCAACCCUUGUCCCGAGUACUCCACGGUAGGGGCCACGGGUCAGCUGUUCACGGCUCUCAUCACCACACUGGUGGGCUCCUACUGCAGCCUGGGAGGAACCCAGUACUACCCCCGAGACCGAGGGGAUCUUCUGGACAGUGACGGUGGACCGUGGGAGUACGACUUCAUCAUCGUCGGUGCCGGGUCCGCGGGCUCCGUCCUGGCCAAUAGACUUUCAGAGGUGCCGGACUGGAGAGUGCUUCUGCUGGAGGCGGGCGGAGACCCUACAGGGACCUCCGACAUUCCAGGGGCCGCCUUCCUCAUCCAGAAGGGCGAACACGACUGGGGGUACGUGGCAGAACAUGAUCCGACCAUCUGUGGAGGUUUCAUAAACGGGACAUGCUACUGGCCACGAGGCAAAGGGAUGGGGGGAUCUACACUGAUCAACUUUAUGUUGUACGUGCGAGGAAACAAGAAAGACUACGACGGCUGGAAGUCCUUGGGAAAUGACGGUUGGGGAUAUGAAGAUGUUCUUCCGUACUUCAAAAAGUCCGAAGACAUGAGAAUGAAUCGGUUGAAGGACAGUAAAUACCACGGUGAAGGGGGUUAUUUGAGUCUCGAGGACUUCCACGAUCAUUAUUUCGAUGGGUUGUCUCAAUCCAUCGUCGAAGCAGGCACGGAGCUCGGCUUCGGACCUUCCGAAGACGCAAACGGUGAUGUUCAGUCAGGGUUCAACAAUAUACCCGGUACUCUGAACAACGGUGCGAGGAUGAACAUAGCUAGGGCGUUUCUCACACCAGUCAAGAACAGAGAAAACCUUCAUGUAAUAAAAAAGGCACACGUAACUAAGGUGCUAAUUGACCAAGAUAAACGCGUGUAUGGCGUACAGUUUGUCAAGGACCAAAAUACCUAUGAAGUAAAAACCAGAAAAGAAGUAGUUCUGUCCGCUGGAACCGUUAACUCAGCACAAUUAUUGAUGCUCUCCGGAAUAGGACCUCAACAACAUCUAGAAGAACUCGGAAUAACGCCAGUACAAGAUCUGCAAGUAGGGAAAAACCUUCAAGACCAUUUCAUAUUUUUGGGAAACGCUUUUUCCACAGUCCCUUUACAUCCCGAGGUGAAGGAACCGCUUUUGAUGUUAGACGACUUAUACGAGUAUCUGACGCGUAGAACCGGGCAGUUUUCAAAAGUGAGGCUGGCCAAUGUGGUAGCGUUUAUCACCACAGAUGAAACUAAGAAGACAGAGGACUAUCCAGACGUAGAGUAUCAUCACGUAUAUUUCCCUGCUAACGACACACUCACGCUGCAACACGUACUCGUCAUGUUCAACCUAGACUCUGAGCUGGGCGACGAGCUGUUGCGUCUAAACACUCAAAAGGACUUGAUGAUCAUGUUCCCGCUGCUGCUAAGACCUAGGAGCCGAGGAGAAAUCUUACUUAGGAGUACCGAUCCUCACUCUCCUCCCAAGAUCUUCCCUGGAUACUUACAACACGAGGAGGACGUCGAUACCGUCCUCCGUUCUGUGCGAUUCACUGAGAAAUUCAUCGGGACAAAGGCGAUGAAGAAGCACGAGCCUGAAAUGUUGAGAGUCCGUUACAAAGUCUGCGAAGAGUUCCCGUGGGACGGCGAUGACUACUGGAGGUGCGCCAUGAGACAGGUAGGGACUACAUGCUACCACGUGGUGGGGACUUGCAAGAUGGGACCUGACGACGACCCAGAGGCCGUGGUCGACUCUAGGUUGAGGGUCCGAGGAGUCCAAGGUCUGAGAGUGGCUGAUGCAUCCAUCAUGCCGAGAGUGGUCAGCGGCAACACCAACGCCGCCACCAUCAUGAUCGGGGAGAAGGCUGCGGACAUGAUCAAGGAUGACCACAUCGAGCCCAAGGGUCACAACGAACUAUGAUGACCUGUAGCACGGGGAGAGACUACAUAAACUCAUUCUCAUUUCAUCUGCAGCAAAUAUACCCGUAAUUAUAGAUUUAGUUUACGCCUUUGUGUUCAGAAAAUUUUAGCUUGAAUAUAUUCAUUCUUU